AGUUUUGAGGCGGAAAUCGCCUCUCGGGGGCUGUUUUCGGUUGAAAACGGCGACGAGAGGCCUCAAUCCUUAACCGUCGAGAUAAGCUAUAAAUAUAAUAUUGGUAACCAUUUCCAAAGUUAUCGUUCUUUGAAAGCUUUCGCAAAUUCACCUCUCUAUUGAGGUCGAUCAAAACUAUAUUGAUCGUUUUAACCUCGCUGUAAUCGCAACGUACUCAAUUCCACCCGCCGCCAACCGCGCUAAGUAUUAUUGAACCCUCCAUCGGAAGAGGCACCUGUGAUGCAUAUAUUGCUCGUCAACGACGACGGCCCGCCAUCGCGGCGAUUGUCCCCUUAUGUCCGGCCCCUCGUCGAGGCCCUCCAAGGCGCAGGCCAUCUAGUGUCUGUAGCCAUUCCCGCAGCAUCGCGCUCCUGGAUCGGCAAAGCCCAUCUCAUCGAAGCCUCGCUGAAAGCAACAUACGUGCCCCCAGACGCCUUCCGCAACGACGGCACCUGGGACGAAACAUACACCACCCCCACCCCAUCAGAAAGCGAAGCCGAAGCCAAAGCCGAAACAGAAUGGGUCGUCAUCACAAACGGCACCCCAGCUAGCUGCGUCCAGCUCGGCCUCUUCAACCUCUUUACAGACAGACCACCCAUCGACCUCGUCAUCUCAGGCCCCAAUCACGGCCGCAACGCCUCAACCAUCUACAACCUCUCGUCCGGCACCGUCGGCGGUGCCCUCGAGGCAGCCACCUGCGGGAAACGCGGAAUCGCCAUCUCCUUCGGCAGCAAGGACGAGCAGCCAUUAGAUAUCAUCGAAGCGGCGGCAAGACUCGCCGUGCGCAUCGUGCACCAUCUCUACGAGAACUGGGACGACCGGGUUGAAUUGUAUAACCUCAAUAUCCCCAUGCGUAUUGACGUGGAGACGAGACCAGUACUCUAUACUCGCACCCUGCCGUACUACUGGUCGCGUGGGUACCUGUACGCUGAAAUCAACGCGGAUAAGGCGCCUCCUGUCCUGACGAACGGCGUCGCGAACGGGACACACGGCACUCAGAACGGAGAAACAGAUAUAAAUCAAAAACUCACUAAUGGAGCUGGCAAUGGUGUCAUAACGAACGGCACUACCCCCACAAAGCCCACCUCGGCCUCAACCUCAACAUCAACUUCACAGCUCAAAUCGCGCGACUUCAAAUGGUCCGCGGAGCUAACAGAUAUGAAGAAAGCGCUUCAAGCCAGCGAAGAAGGCACAGAUGCGCAUACUGUCUUGAACGGAAGCACCAGUGUCACGCCCCUCUGUGCUAAUUUCUGGUACGUCCCGGGGUUAGAGGGGCCAUUGCAUCUUUGAGUUGAUUUUGGUGGAUGGGGCGAUGAAUCUCACGCGAAACACAAUUAGAUCGGUAAUAUAGUAUAGAUACUUACUAGAAUGAUACCCGCAACGGUUUUCGAUUUCGUCAUGGUUUCCUGGUCUUUAUGGGUGGUUAACCUAACCACUAAGUGCCUACCUCGUGAUGCAAGAAGGGAUAUGUACUGUAGUACCUACUUCGUUGAGGGCGAUCGAAAUAUGUUCUCUGGGCUGGCUUGGACUUGUUUGUUUGUGAAUGUUUGGAAUUUGCGACAUUAAGCUUUCGUGACCCUUUAGAGUUCUAUGUGGCAUAUAAAGUUCUAUCUUCGCAAAUAAGAUCCGUCUUACCACGAGGAAACAGUGAAACAUGGGAUAUGAAGAUGACUGGUGUAUCACUAACAACU